AUGAGCUCCCAAACAGAAGUAAUCCGGCCAUGCGGCAACAUGGAAAAGUACUCAACAGCCCGGCACUCCCUCGGCCUCUACCGCUGCGUCGCCGUCACCGGCCGCUACGUACUCCCGCCCGGCAUCUCAACCCUCUCCCAAGCCGAGACAAUUCUCCAAGACGCCGUCGCACAGGUCAUUGCAGAGCAACCCUUCAUGCAGGUCGGCAUCGCCGACGAAGACAAACAGACGUCCUCGUUCGUGCGCGUCCCACAAAUCAACUUAUCAAACCAUAUUCAGUGGUUCCCUCCGUCCCACCCCGGCUCCGGCUCCGGUUCCAUUCCGGGCCCCGACACCACCGGCGGGCCGGGACCGGACGCAACCCUCUGCAAACACCUAUCCCACCAACACGACCAGCUCUGGCCCGAGAUAACCCAACGUCCACCAUGGAAACUCUCCAUUAUCCCAAUCCAGACCUCACAAAACGAACCACCAGCGGAGAUCGAAGUCAUCUACUUCUUCCACCACGCAAUAAGCGACGGCACAAGCGGCUCAAUCUUCCACAAACGCCUCCUCCACGCCCUAAACAACCCCUCCACCACUCAACAUCUCCAAUCCACCAUCCUCACCCUCCCAACCCCUCCGUCGCUCCCCCUCCCCCAAGAAAACCUCGUCAACGGCCGCAUCUCCUGGCCCUACUUCCUCCGCGAACUAUGGUCCGCCUUCGGCCCCGCCUGGCUCAAACCGAAGCCAGCUGCGACACCCUGGACGGGUGAAGCCAUACGUCUCGACACGCCCUUCCACACAAACGUCCGGAUCGUCACCAUCCCAGCGGCAACGGUCUCCAACCUCCUCGCUGCCUGCCGCGCAAAAGGUCUGACUCUAACGCCCCUCAUCCACGCGCUGGUAGCAGCCUCCCUCGCGCGACAUAUCCCUGCCUCGGCAGCACCGUCCUUUGAACCGUCUUCCGCCAUCAGCAUGCGCCGCUUCGUGCAGGACGCAAGUCUUGGUAUCGAUGAUCGGAUGUGUGUUCUCGUCACGUCGACGAAUCAUCCCAUUUCAGAGACCCUGACCACCGCACUCCGCGAGCCUUCUUCCUCUUCUUCCCCUUCCUCGGGUUCAACCCUCGAAAACGCAAUCUGGGCCGUCGCAUCCUCCGUCAAAGCCGACCUCACCACGCGACUAGCAAGCCUACCCAACGACGACAUCACAGCAAUGCUCCGCUACGUAGACGACUUCCACGGCUUCUUUCGGAAAAAGGACGGCAAGGCGAGGGGGGAUAGUUGGGAGGUGAGUAACCUGGGCGCCAUCAACGGCCGCAGCAACAACACCUCCAAUAUCGACGACAACAACAAUCACAGUCAGGGCGAGGGUAAGAACGACGUCCAAGACUGGAAAUUAACCCGCGCCGUCUUCUCCCAAUCCGCCGGCACAGUCGCCCAAGCCUUCUGCGUCAACGUAGCCGGCAUCGCGGGCGGCGAGACGACCAUCACGGUGACGUGGAACGAGGCCGUUACCGCGACGGAGGUUGUCGAGGCGUUGGCUGGUGAUUUGGAGGGGUGGACGCGGAAGCUUGCUGAGGGCGAGGGGUUGUAA